CCCUACUAAUGUUGACAUUGACAACAAAAUGGCGGUAAGACUUUUAGAUCUUAGUAAACAGCCAGAAAGAUGCACAUUCAAUCAAUCAACACAAGAAGAGAUGAACUAUGGUGAAACAUUUUGGCAUUCACUGAGGCUUCAGCCACCAAUGGAGUCUCGCCUGGUAUCUUCAGACAUUAAGCAGAGAUUGGGAACGAAGAAGCUUACACCGAAAUCAAGUCAGUAAAUUAACUUUAAACUUAAACUAAACUACAUCGCCGAGCUACUUUUCACUAUUAAAAAAAAAGUUAGGCCUAAUUUACCAGCUGAACUUAAAUAACUUAACGAUUAGUUUAUUAGUAGGUUAGUAGGUAGACUUUCCUGAAUAAUUGAUAAUAAAAUUAUCUAGUCUACGCUUGGGGGUUUAUAUAUUUUUGAAUCGAUUUGCAAAAUCAAAAUGUAAACCAUAUUUUUCCUGAAUAAUUGAUAAUAAAAUUAUCUAGUCUACGUUUGGGGGUUUAUAUAUUUUUUAAUCGAUUUGAAAAAUAAAAAAGUAAACCAUAUUAAUAUAUUUAGAAAAAAAAAAAAAAAAAAUUAAUUAAAAUGGUAGGCUAUACAAUGCUAUAUAAUAUAUAACAACUAGUAUACUGUUUAUCAUAUGUAUCUUCAUACUUCAUGCUUAAAAUAUAUAAACUUACACUUUGUAAAGGACUAUAACUUAAAACAGCUAAAAAAUAAUUCAAGAGCAGUGCCUCUCAAAAAUAACUUUUUAUAAUAAUUCUGCGAAUUUAGGGCCUAGCUGUUAACGAUUAGAUGCUGGCUUCAUUUAAUGACUUUUCUUUUAUGGGAGAAUAAUAUAUUUCUCUGGUUUAGACAGAGACUUUUGGAUGUUCCACUUGCUAGUUAAAAUAACUAACACUAAUACAUAAAGUUUAUAAGGUUAAAGUUCCAUGUCUAUUUUGUUACAGGUAUUGAUUCAACUCAAAAAACAGUUGAACAAGGUAUCGUCAUAAUUUUUUGCUGAAAUCAUUAAACUGAAAUUAGAUUAGGAAACACUAGAUAAAAGAAAUUGAUUUCGCUAUUUUUAAUUUAACAAAUUUAAAAAUGUAAAUAUUAAUAAUUCUUUACCUUUUUAUUAUAACCUUACUUGUAUGGUUGAUUGGUAAAAUAUUUUUUCAGUUCACACUUAAUUUUUAUGAGUAACUAUAAGGCAGUGGCUAGGACGAGGGGGCAACCAUAAAGUAUGUCAUGCUAUUUUUGACAGUUUUUUUUACCCCCAUUCCCCCUUUCACAAAUCUUGGAACAAAGUACAUUACACUGUCAAAAUAAAAAAAAAUGAAAUUAGACACUAUUAAGUGACAUAUUCUCUCAGAAUACAUCUUGUAAAGCAUAAAUUUAAACAUAACUUGUAUGAUUACAAUAUAUAAAUUUUUGAUGUUGCAUAUGAUAUAAGCCCCCCGCCCCUCCCACAAAUUGUCAAACUUUCUUAGACCCCCUCUUCCAAGCAUGACAUACCUUACUGAUGAACUCUAGACUGAAUAUUCAAAUAAUUUCAUUUACAAAGCAGUGAUUGGUUUUUGUAUUGAAAUAAUGAAAUUUUGAUAACGCUGAUUUUGAAUUUCCAUGUGUCAAAUUAUUUGCAAUAGUUUCUUUCCAUAUUUCUCAUUUUAUGGCAACAUUGACUUGUGCAAUUCCUAGUGGCACAUCUUUCAUAAUAAGAAACGUUUAAUGAACAUAUUUUUUUUUUGCACACAAUAAUAAUUAAAAAAUUGUACUUUAUUUUAAAUGAUGUUGUCAUUUAUUUAUGAUGUUAAUUGCAGUUUGUACAAUGUUAGGUAACUCUAAUUCAAUGUUCGCCUCAUUGAAAUAAUUCAAUGUUCGCCUCAUUGAAAAAUGAUCUAAAAUUAAAGCAAAAUAAGAGACCAACAAAAAAGCAAAAAAUCAAUAACAUCAAAAACACCACAAAUAUAGAUAAAAUUUAAGUUUUCUUAAAUUCUUUAGAUGACAAAAUAAAGAUGUUCUUCACCCGCGUCUAUGCCAUGGAUCAGCUUGCUCAGUAUAAUCGCCUUUGUGCUUUAGCAGAAGCAAGGAUAAAGGAAAGAAACGUGAUGCUUAAACGAAAAGAAGAGAGACUAAAGGUUGGGAUCGAAACUGUAAAAAAAAAAAUGAUUUUUUCAACUAACUAAUAAUUAAUGUUAAUGAGUAUUGUAAUAAAAUAGAUAUUCCUGAAAACUUAGGAGCAGACACUAUAAAAGACUUGGCUUGGGACUUUGGUCUUGCCACCAGCAGAAUUUAUUCUUAAACACUUCCCAACUUAUGUCUAGCCUGAACGAACAACAAGAGAGAAAACAUUUUGAACAAUGUUAUAGUUUCUGAAGUUGUAGUUUUUAUCCCAUUUAAAAGGCUACCUGAAACCGUAUCUGCAAUGUUAAAAUUUUGCUUCAAAUUUCUUUUUGAGCGCAUUAUUUUGUUUUACUAUAUAGUAUUUUGCGUUCAAAAGUAAAUUUGACGAAAAUUUUAACGCAUGAACUGAAAAAAAGAUUUGACGAAAUUUCCGUUUCAUCAAAUUUCCAUCUAUCAAUUUACCGAAGAUGAAAUUUCUUUCAAUCAAACUUCCGGUAACCACCUGAAACACCAAAAUAUUCACUGCUUGCAAAAUAGGCCACCUUUAUAACAGCAUUUCCUUUUAAAAAAUUGUUAUAUGAUUUGCGUCCCUUUUGAAAGUCUUUAAUUAUUUUAAAAAAUUUGAUGCACACACUUCAUUUAUGAUGGGUGGUAAAUUUAAAUGACUAAUUAUACCAAAUUAUGUGAUUUAUAUAUAAUUUAACCUUUGUAAAAUAUGUUGUACACAAAUAAAUAUUCCAAGAUCCUUAUUAUUUAUAUGCCCCAUUUAUCUAUAUUAAUUUUCCCAUUCCUAAAUUAGUUAAUUUUAAAAAUGGUUUUUAAGGCAUUUAUAAAAUUAAAAUAAUAUUUUUUAAUGCUCACUAUUAAAAUUUAUGGAAUUUAAAAAAACAUUUAGUUCCCAAAUAAUUUUCUCUGUGUUCUAGAAAGAGGCCAUUCGUAACACUGCUGCCCCCAAACCAAAAGAACCAGCAAGAAAGACUGACCAGGAAAACAGAAAAAUUGGUGAAGCAUACAGCAUUAAAGAUUUGAUUAAGGAUCUUGAUGAGUUUGAUGAGAAAGUUGGAAAAUUAGAAGCAGAGAGAAAAGAAAAGCGGGAUAAAUUAGUUGACAUUUACUGCUCCUCUGAUUUUAAGAAGAAAGAGACUGAAAAUGUUGUCAUCUCAGAACUAUUUCAAAAAUCCAGCAUUAGGCCUACCACUUUACUUCCACUUCAAUUUAAAGAGAACCUUCUAUAAAUGAAAAGUAUUUAAAAAAAAAAAAAGAAAACUUUUCAUGUUUGCUCUUUCUUUUUUUAAAUUUUUUCUCUUUUUUUUUUUUUUGUUUUUUUUUUUUUUUUUUUUUUUUUUUUUUUUUUUUUUUUUAAAAAAGAAAACAUUGCAAGUAGGCACUUUCACUUUAUAAAUUGUGUCACAUUUGUUUGUAUUGGUUGCCCUUUUUUUUUUUUUUGAAGGAAAAUCUCACACUUUUCAUAAUGGGCCUCACAUGGUGUGUUUUAUUGUUUACUUUGUCAUGUCUUUUUCAUGGCUUUGUCAUGUCUUUUUCAUGGCUUUGUCAUGUCUUUGUCAUGUCUUUGUCAUGUCUUUGUCAUGCAUUUGUUUAUGCCUGAACAUGAGCAUUUAACGUGUGUAACAUAUUGGAUUUAUUACCUUAAUGAACCAGCCGCCAAAUUAUAAUAUAAAUUAACUGCUUUGAAAAAAAUCUCUUAACCACUGUUUGCUUAUUGCUCCUUUCCUUUCACAUGUUUGAAUGUGUUGUUUACAAAAUAUUUUUACUAAUGACAAAAAGAAAAAACAGGAAACCAGAAAACAAAUAAAAGAUUAUUAUUUCAUGCCUUACCUGCCAAAUACAUCGCUCGUAUUUAGAGAACGUUUACUUUUGUCAAUCAAAAUAAUG